GCUGGACGGCAGAGAAAGCAUAAAUCUUCGGAGCCGCAGGGGAAGCAUGGAAACCUUUCCCUAAACCAAUAAGAGGCGAGAACAUAGUUUCUAAACCCUAGGUUCUCUGUUACAAGGGUUUUCUCUGAGCAUUUUGGGUUCACUCCGAUUGUGAAGAGGAAGCGCAAUGUCUCACAGGAAGUUCGAGCAUCCAAGGCAUGGAUCCUUGGGGUUUCUUCCAAGGAAGAGAGCCAAUCGUCACAGAGGAAAAGUGAAAGCUUUUCCAAAGGAUGAUCCCACCAAGCCUUGCAAGCUUACGGCUUUCCUUGGAUACAAGUCUGGUAUGACCCACAUCGUCAGAGAGGUUGACAAACCAGGAUCGAAGCUUCAUAAGAAGGAGACAUGUGAGGCAGUGACAAUCAUAGAAGCGCCUCCAUUGGUUGUUGUUGGAGUUGUGGGUUAUGUGAAGACACCUCGCGGGCUUCGCACUUUGAAUACUGUUUGGGCCCAGCAUUUGAGUGAGGAAUUGAGGAGGAGAUUCUAUAAGAAUUGGUACAAGUCAAAGAAGAAAGCUUUUACCAAGUAUUCCAAGAAAUAUGAAUCUGAAGAUGGGAAAAAAGAGAUAACUGCCGAGCUAGAGAAGAUGAAGAAGUAUGCUACUGUUGUGCGUGUUUUGGCUCACACACAGAUUAGGAAAAUGAAGGGCUUGAAACAGAAGAAAGCCCAUUUGAUGGAGAUCCAAGUGAAUGGUGGCGCUGUUUCUGAUAAAGUAGACUUUGCCUACAAAUCCUUUGAGAAGACCGUGCCCGUUGACACAGUUUUCCAAAAGGAUGAAAUGAUAGACAUUAUUGGUGUGACCAAGGGUAAAGGUUACGAGGGUGUGGUGACUCGUUGGGGGGUUACCCGACUUCCUCGCAAGACUCACCGAGGUCUCCGAAAGGUGGCAUGUAUUGGUGCAUGGCACCCUGCUAGGGUUUCCUUCACUGUAGCUAGGGCUGGACAAAAUGGGUACCAUCACAGGACGGAGAUGAACAAGAAGAUUUACAAGCUGGGAAAGGCGGGGCAGGAGUCUCACACUGCAAUUACUGAGUUUGACAGGACUGAGAAGGACAUAACACCUAUGGGAGGGUUCCCUCACUAUGGUGUGGUUAAGGAUGACUAUAUUAUGAUCAAGGGGUGCUGUGUCGGUCCCAAGAAGAGGGUUGUGACUUUGAGGCAAUCCCUGUUGAAGCAGACUUCAAGGGUUGCUUUGGAGGAGAUCAAGCUCAAGUUUAUCGAUACUGCAUCCAAAUUUGGUCAUGGUCGCUUCCAAACGGUUGAGGAGAAGGCGAAGUUUUAUGGCCGGAUGAAAGCAUAGGUUGAAAAUCUUACCCCCAACAUUUUGUUCCCUAGUUGUGAGACCUUAGUGUAGGGUCAUAUUUGAGGUUUAUGCUGAACUUUUAUUUUGCGAUGAAUUUGUUUAUAUUGAGUAUUUUAGUGAAAUUUAGUGGAGAAACAGAUGUUUUCCUUUUGGAAAAUAUCAUCUAGUGGCCGUUUUUGAAACUGUUGUAAUGCAUCUAAACUUCAGUGGACUUAUUCUUUCUUGUUAUGGAGUGUCUUUGAAAUUGAGGGCUUGGAUAUGCUAAAAUAAUAUGAGUUUGUAUUAUUAA